AAAUCAAAUAAACGCGCUUACAUAACCUUCCAAAUGCCGAAAGACAGUAACACCGACCACAACGCUUUAAUACAGCCCAUAUCGCAACCAAACGAGAACUUAACCUCAAGACAGACACUUAAGUACCGCCUAGAGGCGUAAACUGGACAGCAUUUCCCACGUUGGUGCGUUCCAGCGUUUUGUAACCCGGAAGAACGUUAAAGCAUGUUUGUAUGGGCUGUUGGUAUGAGGUGUUUCAGUAGUAUUGUUAGAAAAUGGCGUAGGAUUUUUGUAAACAUACAUUGAGUGGUACAUUUUGAAAGCCGAAGUGCACUGAAGAUUUAUCAGACCCAUGUUUUUCCUGCAGAUCUAAGCGGUUCAAGGGUUGUUUGUAACAUUGAUAGGCCCACUGGACACAUCCCUUUCCUGGGGUAACUCCAGAGCAAUGUGUGACUGUGACUUGCUCAAGGUGACAAAGUAGGCAAAUAAAGGCUGAGGGAAUCAAAAUCUUCACCACAGGAACUACAUCUCAAAGCCUUGAUCCUCCGCACCAUCUAACAGACAAAUUGGUACUGAAGGAAAGAAAGUUUUGGUCGCCAUGUUCGUCCUGGUAGAGAUGACGGACACUGUGCGGAUCCCUCCUUGGCAGUUUGAGAGAAAACUAAAUGAUGCCAUAGCAGAGGAACUGAAUAAAAAACUCGCUAAUAAGGUUGUGUACAGUGUUGGACUUUGUAUAUGUCUGUAUGAUAUCACCAAACUAGAAGACUCCUAUAUAUUCCCAGGAGAUGGUGCAUCACACACUAAAGUCCAUUUUAGGUAUGUGGUGUUCCAUCCCUUUUUGGAUGAAAUUUUGGUCGGGAAGAUUAAAGCUUGCAGCCAGGAAGGCGUGCAUGUGAUGAGGCUGAGCAGGUUUGGGUUUGGGAGUAUGAAACUGAUGAAGGAGCCCAUGACCUUUACAUGGAUAUUGGAGAAGAAAUCCGGUUCCGAAUUGUGGAUGAGACAUUUGUUGAUACGUCACCAACAGGGCCAAGUUCAGCAGAUGCAUCAACAUCUACCUCAGAAGAGGUGCAAAAAGAAUCUCCCUACAGACUCACAAUGUUGGAUCAAGAGGCAUUUUGGUAUAAUAUUUGGCAUCUUCCAGCUGUCUCUGAGCCUCAGCAUCAUACUGGGUCAAAUUCAUGACUACCACAGCACCACCUUUGUCCGCAGAGAUGAUUACCAAAUUUUUAUUAUUGGGAUCUAUAAGUGAGCCUGGACUAGGACUUCUGUCUUGGUGGACAAACAGCUAACAGAAAGAAGGCACACACCUGUGUUCUCACAAACUGGACAAGUUGAGGCUUUUGAGAGGGUGCCAGGGAACCUCUGGAGUAGUUUUUCAAACUGGUUAUUAAUAUGCCAGCUGCAAAGCAGGAGCUUUGGUAGCUGUGAGUUUCCUGUUUUAGAACAUUGACUUUUAAUGUUUUUUGGACUGUAUUUUUGUUUUUUUAACAUUAUUCACCUUAUGAACUUGGCACAUAAUUAUCAUGACUGUGCCAUAUGAAAAUGGUCUCUGUAUACUUUGCUGUUGAAUACAGAGGGACAUCUACUGCAGAAACUUCUGGUGUGUACAGGUCCUUGGAAAGUGAUCACAGAAUGCUUUCCUGAAAACUUUUAUUUAUGUAUAUAUCAAGAGAUGAGAAGAAUCGAGUUUUGGAAGGUAAAAUGAUGUGCAGUUUUUCCUUGAAAACAAGCAGAACAAAUAGCAGAUAUUUUCAUUAAAAAGUAGUGUUUCUCUCUGUCACACCAUUAGUAUUACUUUAUUUGGUUUUGAAACCAAUUAAAUUCUGCUUUUAACAGACA